GAGAGCUGAGAUUCCCAUUCACUCCUGGUCUGUCACUGCUAACAAACACACCUUGAUUUGUUUUUCCUCGUGCUGCUGGAAAACUGGAGUGUAAAUGAAGACCAACAGGACUGAAGCUCAGAAACUGCCACAUUUCCUCUGACUUUAGUUUGGAGUAGGCUCAGAUUUGGAGGAUAUUUGGGCAAGUGUUUGGGACAUUGGGCCUGAGGUGUGAAGUAAAAGGACAGGACCAGGAGUGACCCCAUCACAGGACACACCACAGGCAGUGAAACUGAACAACGAUGAUAUAGAGCAUUUUAAUAAAGCUUUAACUUUUUUUAGGUUCGUGUGAGGAACUCUGAAAAGGCUUGAUUUGGAGUAGAGACAUUGUUUUGUGUUUUUUUUUUUACGUUAUGGACAAAGAUAAAGGACGUACACAUUUGUUAAAGUUGUUUGAUCUGCUCCGCAUGAAUGGAUUUUGUUUCUGUCAGGAUGGGAAUUAAAGUGACACUGAGAGCAUUUAUCAAUACGGACAUUUUAGCACGCGUUACUAAAAGUUCUGAAUUUGCACUUGAUGAAGUCUGAGAGAAAACAUCCCUCACAGUGCCGCGUAUUUGCCAUUCUGCAUCUUUCUAGAAAUUUCCUCAGUAUUUCUCUGGCUGAUCUGAAGAGACGCAACACCGACAAACCCAACACCACCAACUACCAAACCCAACUAAUCCCAAUUUCAUGCUAAAUUAAAAUACAAUGCCCUGUAAAAAGAAACCAUAUCUUUUAAGAACCAUUAAAGAACCCUUAACUUUUCUUGGAACCCUGUAGGAGCUCUUGAGGAACCCUUUCUAUCUAAGAGUGAGUAUUAUCUGUUCAGUCUGUGGCGCAAACUCCAAAUUAUUACUCAUUUUUUCUUCAUAACAUCUAGAACUGGUGUUUACUAGCCAUAGAAAAGGUUCUUCCAAAGUUCUUCAGAAUUGGGCUAGUCUGAUACACAACCAGUCUGAUGUAGGGUUCUAAAAAGAACCUUUAAAGGACAAGGAACUCUUCAGAUUGUAGUAUAGCACUCCUGAAAACGAUCUAGAUAUAUAUUGGAUGUUCAUUGAAGAUUUAUCUUUCAGUCCAGCAGAGGAACCGUGGUGAGAAAUAUCUGAUCUCAGGUUUGUUGAGCUUCCUGAGAAGAACCUGGUGCCUGUGAUGUUCUGUUCCUUCAGUGUUCUCUGUGGUCCUGUGUCAUGAUGUGUGUGUAUUUAGCUGAUCACGCUGACUCGUUGAGCAGGUCAUGGUGCUGAAGGCUGACAUCAUGCCAUCUCACUCACCAGCUCAGGAAUGGUGUUUAAUGCGUCACGCUCCGGUUUAUGAGCCGCUGUGCCGGUUUUCUCCAGGGCCGUUUGCUGCUGCAUAUUUGCCUUUGCAAAUUUUUCUGGAAAGCUGGUAUUUAAAGUGACGUGACGGAGCGCACCGCAUCACAGUUCUGUCGCACGGAUCAGCUCCAGUGCUCGCGGGCUGCUGUUUGUUCUGCUCACCUGGACAGUUUACAGAACGGCUGAAGUGACGCAGGAAGGAUGAUACAGGAAGUGUUUUCAAAUAUCAUGAGGUUCUAUGACUACCUCCUCAAGAGAACAGAUGCACGAGUGCGGGAUUACCCUCUGAUGCAGAGUCCGAUCCAGAUGACCCUCAUCCUAGUGAGUUACGUGGUCCUGGUUCUGUACGUGGGGCCACGCUACAUGGCCAACCGCAAACCCUACCACCUCAAAGUCCCCAUGGUCAUUUACAACUUCUGCAUGGUGUUCUUCAACGCCUACAUCGUUUACGAGUUCAUGAUGUCCGGCUGGGCGACGACGUUCACGUGGAGGUGUGACCUCAUCGACAUCUCCACUAGCCCACAGACUCUCAGGAUGAUUCGAGUGGCCUGGUUGUUCUAUUUUUCAAAAUAUGUGGAACUUCUCGACACUGUUUUCUUUGUGUUGAGGAAGAAACACAGUCAGGUGACGUUCCUGCACAUCUUUCACCACUCAGUGCUGCCCUGGAGCUGGUGGUGGGGCAUCACUCUCGCCCCGGCUGGGGGAAUGGGUUCCUUCCACGCCAUGGUGAACGCGACGGUCCACGUCAUCAUGUACACCUACUACGGCCUCGCUGCAGCCGGACCGCACUUUCAGAAGUACCUUUGGUGGAAGAAGUACAUGACCGCUAUCCAGCUGACUCAGUUCAUCGUGGUGUCGGUCCACAUCUCUCAGUAUUACUUCAUUAAAGACUGCGAAUACCAGGUGCCCAUAUUUAUCCACCUCAUCUGGAUGUACGGCAUGUUCUUCUUUGUUCUCUUCUCCAACUUCUGGAUCCAGGCUUAUGUCAAGGGUAAGCGGCUCCCCGUCAGCAGCGAAGACAAACCCAAGCAGAAUGGCUACACUAACGGCACCGAGACGGCCAUAUUGGCUAACGGCACACACCCGGAGAACCGCACCGUGCACUACACAAACGGGUUCGCUGUGAACGGGAAGGUCAAGGAGGUAUAAAGGAAAAGGAGGAGGAGGAAAACACGAUGAGGGCUAGCAUGAGCACAGCUAGCGUGAAGGACUUGGUAAGAAUGAUGGAAGAUGAUGAGAAGGUUCCUGGGUUUGUGGAUGUAUGUGAGAUCACAUGGGAGAUGAGGCACACGUCUGUUCACCUGCUUUUUUUGUUGUAUUUAUUUGUCCAUGGUGCAUGAAAAGAUGUUCAGCUUUACAGAUGUCACGCUGACUUUUGCGUCAUUAGCACACGAUUCUCCCAGUUUCUACACACACACACACACAGUGCAUCUGAAUCAACUGUAAAUAAAUAUUUGUGCAAAGUUAGGUGGUACAGAUGCAAUGUUUUUUGUGUAUAAAAAAAAAUAAACUUUUAUAUUAAACACUGAUUAAA